AUGCCCGAGCAGGUCGCUUCUCAGCCCGCAGUCGCUAAAGGCCCGUCCGACACCACACACAGAACCCCCCGCGCUCCGGAUUCGAACAACAAAUACCAAAUCAACGUCAACCGCUCAAAAACGAGAAAAUGGGCCAACUUCAAGCCACAGAACUACGACGGCGAUGAUUGGGGAAGCGAGGAAUAUGACGAUGAUGACUCGGAACGUCCAUCAGCCCCUCAACAGCCCGUCAAGCAGUACCAGCCAUAUACACCAGCAUUGCAUCUUCAAACCCAGCAAACGCCAGCUCCUCCCCCGGGCCGUAUCGCUCAGAUGGUAGCGGCCUCUUCCACGCCGACGACACCGAAUGCCCUGGAACGAUCAGGCACCUUUGGACAGCCUCAAUCCGAUGUGCCACGGACUAGUUCACCCGUUGUUGGAGGUAAACAGGUUCUUCCGUCUAUGAUGCGCGUAGCUACGAUGCCCCAGAAUGUUGGCCCGCCGGCCUCUACGCAAUUCCCCCCUCGCAAGAGCAGUAUGGGUCCUCGCGACAUCCCAAACAUGACUGACCCGACCCGCCAACCCAGGUCUACCACUUGGGCCGUCCCAACGCAAAGAGCGUGGUCAGACGCUCGAUCAGCUUCCCCCAACUUCAGCUCUCCGAUAUCGUCCAACAAGCCGCUGCCCCUCCCCCGACCUACUGAUGUAUAUCGACGGAUGGGAGACGACAAUAGCGCGGAGGUGCAAUCUUCGAGACGAGGAAAACAGGGAGAGCCGGAUAACGUGGCUCCCACUACGGGCCUAAACCCGGGACUCAGUCGCCAGGAGCGUCGAGGUAGUGCAGCGGGGAAUGAAGGUGGUGAUAAUUUGUGGGGUCGGAGGCCGAGUCUAGCUCCAGUGAUGGAGCAAAAUAGCGAGUAUAGGGCCCAAGGACCGCUCGCCGGACCUGCGUCGAGUGACUUUGGUGUCAAACCUGCCGCUUUUGGGGAAGAGGAGGACAAGCUACGGCGGUUCUCGACAAGUCCCACACUGCCAAAUCUUACACGCUUGUCAGGGUUCGGAGAAGAUCUCUUUUCUGCUCGGUUUUCAGUUUUGGCGCCUCAGCUGGCUUCUAUCCCAGACAUAUCGAACCCUUCCAGUCCAGCAAAGACUCUUGAACCAGAAGGGAUCUCUGGAGAUGAACGUACCGAAAAGGGUGGUAACUCAGAAAACGGUAUCGUUACACCAGCAAAUCCCAGUGUGGCGCCUAUUUCACUGCCAGUCGCCGAACCUAUGUCUGCCGCACCAGCGCCAUCACCUUUGAUGGGGGGUGCCGCGGUGUCUGACGCAACACCGCAGUUGGCACAGAAAGCAAUUCGCUCUGGAUCACCGCCUAACGAGUCUGUUGGGCUGCGGUACAACCACGACGAUGCUAAUCAAUCCCAUGCGGUUGUUAACGCUCCUCAACAACUGCCAUCUACAAUUGAACCUCCACAGGAAAAAAAUCUCUCUGGUAUGGACAAACAACCUGUCCGCCCGCGCCUGCCAGGUGGCUGGGUAACCGAAACAUUAUCCACGCCGAGCGAAACUCCCCCGCCGGCUCGAAGCGAUACUUUUUCGAGCAUAACGAGCAACUUUCCCCAGCCUCCAAGUGCGUCACUCGUCGCCAGAUCCCAUGCUGAUGCUGAACGCGCGUCAACUGGCGAUCAAUCUCAGCAGCACGACUCAAGCGGAACGAGUGAAGCAGUUAUCGAAUCCUUUCAUUCGACAUCUGACGGGGAAGCUGUUCAGACAACACCCCCCUCAGUUAAAGACACCCACGCAAGUCUUGCACCGACAAUGGAACCUUCAAAACACCGGGACAUCACUCCGACUGCACCGUUGAACUUUAAUCGUGGUUUACUAGGGAUUAACUCUGGCGAGCCAUUGCACGUGCUACCUUCGCCAAAUAUGGGUGGUGGCUCCACCUUGACUACGCCCGGCGAUUCCCCCGUCAAGGAAAGUGAUCUGCUCAGGGAUGAGAUAACCAAGUUUUUAGGUGACCCUGAGAUAUCUGGCAGCUUUCUGGAUAUCAGCCGGUCAUCGACAACACCAAACCAUCCAGUUACAGAUGCUACCCGAGAGAGCAGCUAUUUCGGAGAUGUCUACGAUGACUAUUUUGCUGCGAGCGAGGACAACCAAAGUCAAACCAAACCGGGGGCUACCACGCAACCGUCUGCAACAGAAAAACCUACACUCGUGGCGGCUGGCACGUCAAAGGGUGGUGUUGUAGCGCCUCUCUCUGUUGCUACCUCUACAAGUUCUGGAUCUGGUGCCGCUGCUUCGGUCUCCAGGCAAGAUGCAACUAAGGAAUCGGUUGGGGCCAUUGAGUUGCGGCGUCGUUUUUCCUGGGAAAGACCCUCCGAGCAGGAUUCCUCAGACGCUCCUGAAAUGGAUACUACCUACCAGGUAGAGCAAAAGUCCCGGAGCUCUGGCCCUGAUGGUGUUUCCUUCACUCCGACGACGCCGGCUGCGGAAAAGAUUAGGGAGACAAUGGCGCUCACGCGGUCGAAUACCAACGAACUCCUUUCUAUUUCAACCGAAACUGCAAGUACGCCGGGGAUUUCUCAUGCCGUAACAGAAGUCAAUAUGCUUCCAUCACGGUCAAUGGUGGACCUGGCUUCUCCCAUGUCUGCUGGCUCAGAUGAGGAUUUUGAAUUCCGCCGUCGAGCCUUGUCUAUGGGUCAAGAUAAGAUUCUUGCUCAACCUUCAGAGCACCAUUCGGCCUUUGGGGACAAUGCUUCCAGCCGCUCCGGCUCAUUGGAGCCCAAAAGCCCGGUCAAUAUCUUAUCGUUUCGGCAAAUUAUGGAUAUGCCUUCAUCAUCGGAUCGACUCAAACACUAUAACGAAACCCGACUGCAGUUUGCCGUUAUUGAUACGGGAUUGGAUGAGUGGCUCAUGGCUAUGAGAUCCAAAUAUCCCGAACACUCGAACGCUACGUCCUCUUUCAAAGACUCAUUGGCAAUCCCUGUUACGUCAAUGGAUGUGCAGCAAAGUGGAGAGGCUGUGGUACUCAGUCCGGGUUAUUUUCAGCAAGGCGGACGGCCAGGAACUAAUAUGCCAAUGCCGCCAUCCUUGCCCUAUGGGCAUUCGGGUUUUGCACAUUCAAGCCAGCAGGUUGGGACCAAAGGCAAAGAACUCCUUUUCGCAGCUGGUAAGGCUGGAAAGGGUCUGCUCAGCAAAGGAAAGAGCAAGUUGAGGGGAACUAGCGAUAAGGCCCUGCACGGCGUGUUGGGUGCAUCAGUUCCUGGACCCCUGCCGGAAAGAGACGCUGGAGUGGACUUUGACCAGGGUGUCCGGCCCCCGCAAUUUCAGCACCUGCAGCAGCGUCUCCAGAAAGGGAAUCUUCAGGCCGCACCAGGUCCAGUCUGCCUCGAAGGUUGUCUCUCACCUUUCCCGCAUCAGCAGUUCCUGACCUUGACGCGCAAUCAUCUCUAUUUCUACGUCCAUCUCUCACUUUGCUGGUACCUACCAAAAACACAUCUCAGCAAAACAAGCUCAACUCCAAAGACGAGGGCCUUGACGGAUUCCAAAGGCCAACAUACAACCACACCAUAUGAGUCGGAGCUCAGCAACAGCAUUGACACCAGAUCAACCGGCAACCAAGACGGCCCAAGCUCCUCGGUUGCUGUUGCCGUUGACAUCGAGAGUGGGAACCGCGUGCCGGGGGGGACAACGUCCGAAAAAGUAAUUGCGGGAGAAGACGUGGAUGGAAAGACUGGUGAUAGUCUGAACAUCGAGAAAAGUCACUUUGUCAUCACCACCUUCAGGCGCCAGGUCGUCGGCCUCACCUCUCACAUGGAAGCUCACGCGCAAGCCGCGCACAACGGCCAAUACUAUUCGCAAUCGGCUGGAACCGAACCGCAACAGGUCUACUCCCACCCACACCAACCGCAAUAUCAGCAGCACCAGCACCAGCAACAGAGCCACGCCCCGCAGUUGCAUUUCCAGUCGCAGUCAACCUCUCGGCCGCAGCCACAGCCUGAUGGUGCCAAUGCGCCGAAUAGACAUCCGUCGUUUAUAGGGUUGCCUCCAAUUUCUCGCACAUCCACCUUUUCAUCUCUACUGGGACCCUUUCAAGUCGAAGGUUCUGCCGGCGACAAUAAUAGCACCUACAGUGACGCCGACACUACCCCGCGAGACUUAAUCCACUAUCAACAAGGGCAACAAGGUGGACAACAAACCGUUGUGACAACCCCGCAAACUGUGUCUAAAAGCAUAUCCAUGGCUACGAACCAGACUGGCGAUGGUGUACCACCGCAUGGCCAGGUUAUGCCCCAAACACCUCCACCAGGGCAGAUCAUCCCAAAUAUGUAUCGCCCAACUCAAAGUCCGGCACAAGGUCAAAUGCAAAUCCAAGGACAACCAUUGCCCAAUGGUUUUCCAUCACCUCCUGGUGCUGGAUCCGUGCUUGGUCAAUCGCCGGUCCAGGCCCAGUCAGGUGAACCCGGUCCACCAGGCAACGCCCAGGGGCAACCCGCAUCGGCCCUGGCGGGAGCACCCGGGGCUCCCCUCUCUGUCACGAACGGUGGAACUCCGUCCGCGGCUCCACAGUUUACGCCAGCCAACGGCCGGCCCGUCAUGAUGCCUCCUCCGCACUUGGCAGGACGGUUUCCGCAAGGAAACUGGAACUUGCAGGAGUCUCAUCUGUCGGAGCCACUACAGCCUACGAAUCGGCACCGUCACUCGUCUAGCAAUGCAUCACAGCAACCCUUCUACGGUUUCGACAAGGAAACGGGCGUUCCGGCAUCGCCACGGAGCCAGAGGGCGCCAGACACAGAGCAGCAACCACAUAUGCAGCCGGUGGAUCAGAACAGCCAAGGCCCGCAACUCAAUGGCCAGGAGAACCCCAGGAAUCCCAUCGAGCAGCGUUCACGCGGAAACUUAUCACAAACGAACACGGACGUGGACGAUCUACCAGCUCCCGGUCCGAUCCCGGCUGCUGAUGGAAACAAGACAAGGCGAAACUCGGGUAUCUUCUCAAGCCUCCGAAACAGGGUUGGGGCAGGCACUCCGGUCACCAGUGACGCAGUUUCCGAUGCCAGUGUCAUGACGGACGAAACAGGUAAACAGCAGCAGAGACGCGCUCAAAUGUUCAGUGCGCUAGGUUCCGGAGCCGCAACGGAGGCCCCUCAAAGUAAAGAGAGCAUCAUGGCUCAUGGCAGCACUACGCCCGUGAAUGGCGGAUUACAAUCACCCCCUCCGCAGCACCAGCAACAACAGCCGAAGAAGAGUCGAAUGGGUCUUAAGGCCAUGUUCAGUCGGUCAUCGCAGCAGGAUGGUUCCCGACCGUCCGGAAGCGCGCAACCAGCUAGGCCUACAACGCAGGGCCAAGUUCAAAGUCAACAACACGUACAGCAACCCGUUGCUGCGAGUGGCGCCAACCCAAUGUAUCCGCUGCGGCCAAAGACUUCUGGCCAGGUCCUCCCCCAGCAACAUCAAUCUCUUGCCUCGAUUUCUGAAAGCGAAAAGGCUAGGAAACCUUCUGGUGGAAUAUUUGGCAUGUUUAAAAACAAGGACACAAAGCCGGGGUCAGGCACAGGGGCUGGCCAGCCGCUCACGGACCCCAGGCAGACGCUACAAGGUAUGGGACGAGGACAAAUGGCGAUGCCGCCCCCUGGGCAAGGACAAUUCUCUCAGCAGCAGUAUCGUCAACAAUUCCCAGUUGGCCCAGAUGGGAAGUUGGUGAUUUUCCCUGGUCAGCUUCCUCCUCAGCAUCAGCAGUUCAUGCAACAAGGCCAUCCGGGCAUGUAUCAGCCGCAGCAGAUCCAGAUGCAAUGGCAAAUCCCAGAGCAGGACCGACCCCACGUCAACAUGCAGCAGUCUCGGCCUUCGCUGCAGGGUCAAAAUGGAGGUCCACAGGAUCAGCCCCAACAACAGCAUCAGCAGCAACUCGACGCUCGUCAAGGUCAAAGUAAUGGCCAAAAUGCGGUCUCUGUCGGUCCUGUAAGCCCACCAGUUGCUUCUCCGGUGCCUUCAGACAGUCAAUCCGCGGCACAUCAGUCUCGUCCCCAGCAAAAUACACCUCCCGCCACUAAUGGACAGGCGCCUCCGGCGGCAACGAACGGAGGCCACGCCCGGACAUUCUCUCAAGGUAGUAAUUUACCCAAUAUGUAUACUCUUGGCAUGAACGGUAUUCAGCCAGAUCAGUUGCCUGCGCGAAAGCCGGUAGGGUCCAGGGUUGUCUCAGCCCAGAUCCCUUCCAGUCUUCUGCCACAGCAACAACGUCAAAGAGGAGCUUCGGUCUCCUCAACUCAACCUCCUCCACCCGAAAGUUUACCGAGCACACACCUCCCGUCAAGCUUGGGAACCCAACGCCCUGUGGAUUCCCAGCACAUAUUGGCAUCCCAGGGCGGGACGUCUCUUCCUGAUGUUCCCGCCUCUAACCAGCGGGCGGACCAAGAGAGGUCCGGUACGCAAGACCAGCAAAACCAAGGACCAGGUCGUCAGCAAAAACCGCAACAUAUGCCCACUGGCCCGCAGAGCCUUGUUCAAGGCACUUCCAACCAAAACAUCCCUUUCGUUGGCCAUUCACUAUCUCACGUAGUAGCAAUGGGGCCUGGCUUUCCGGUCCAACAAGAGCAACCACAACCUCACAGAGCGCCGCCACCUAGCCCCGGUUUCCCCCCUAGAAACGUCAUGACUAUAGCCUCUCCGCCCAAGGAGAAGGAGCAGAGCACUAUUUCCAAGCUUUUCAGAGGCACUAAACAACAGACGUCGCCAACAACCUCUCAGGAAAAAGGAAAGUCGUCUUUCAUGAGCGCUUUGAAACGGGGCGGCAAUACUAAGCAAGGAGAUGCGCAGCCAAGGUCCCCUGCUCAGUCACCUCAAGCCAACCAAGGACAGUUUCAGCCAAACCAAGCUCAGAUACGACAAGAAGCACAAAAGCCGCAAGGUUUACAACCUCCUCAAAACCAAUUUCCGGGACAGCCGCAACAACAACCGCAACAAAAGUCACCGCCGGGACUGAGAGAACGACGGACGAGCCCGCAUCUGCAGUAUCAAAAUGAGAGGCAGGACCCGUCCAAAGCUCCUAGCCCACCGGCGCAAGUAGAUCUGGCCAUGCGCCUACCUGCCCAGCAGUCAUCACAGCAGCCUACGCGUCCAUCUGCUACAUCCGCUCCUGGCGUUCCCGAUAAGCCAAGACCUGCGCCCCAGAUGUUCGAGCAACAGACGCAGCAACCUUUGGCGCACGGAGAGCCACAUCCAGCCCCUGGUUUGGUUCAAGGGCAGAGGCCGCCGAUACCUGGACAGCCUUUGCAUCCCAGCCAGAUGGCAGGUCAAGCUCAGGCUCAAGCCUUUGCAGAGCAGCAGUUUUUCCAAGCGCAAGCUCAGGUCCAUGCGCAUGCCCAAAUGUUUCAAAGGUUUCAACAACAACAACAACAUCAACAACAACAAGCCCAGUUUGCUGCUCAAGUCUCAAGCCCAGAUCAACCUUCAAAUCAAGGCCAAGGUCAAGGCCAGAACCCACCGACAUCUGCUCCUCCGGGUCAAGAGCCUCGGUAUGCCCAGAUGCCCAUUCCAGCUGGCUAUUUUCCUGUGCACCAAGGGAUGACCCAAACCUCUUCGCCUAUGGGCGUGCCGAUGUCAUACUUCAUGAAUGUUCCUGGCCAGCCGCCGCAAGGUUAUUUUAUGCCGAUGCCAGGGCAAGUGAUUCCUCCAGGGAUGCCUGGAAUGCCGCAUAUGUUGCCUCCUGGGUUUGUUCCCGGUCAACCUUUUGUGUACGCUCCUCAUCCCGGUGGGCCUAUGCCUCCUCGUGGACCUCCUGGAAGCAUGCCCAUGGCUGGACCUCCAGGAAGCGUACCCGCCACCACGCCUCCUUCCACUGGUGGCUCCCCUUUCUUUACCCCACCGACUUCUCAUGGAGGACCUCAACAGAUGUUCCAUGUUCCCGUACACCCAUCAUCACCUCCGCCGGGCAGUGAGCACUCCGAACAGCAUCCUCCAAGCAUCUCGCCUACUCCUCCUCCGUUCAUCGGAACAUCAAGACAGGCUAGCGACCUUUCUCCUCAGCCUCAGAUGCAGUUCCAACAGCCAACGCAGCCAUCCCCGUCUCCGCCAAAAUGUCCCCUUCCAAACACGCCUUUCUCGCCAGUGAACCCGGACGCCGUUAAUGUUCCGAACCCGCCGCUUCCGCCGAGCGAACCACAGGAGCAGCAACCGCAGCAACAGCCUAACCCGGGCCUCAUCCCCCAACGACAAGUCAGCCAAGUCAGCGCCAUGUCCAUGCAGCCCAGCAACGGAUCGCCAUCAACGAAUGUGAUUUCACCCAUCUCGAACGACAGCGGAGUGACGCAGAUUCCCGAGGGAGGAGAACAGGAGCAACUUUCUCGAUCUGGAUCCGCGGCUCUCCCUCGGGAUUCCAGGACCAUCGUCCCGGAACCAGUUAAUGUAGCCCAGAAACUUCUUGAUUCAGGGAUUGACGAGGAUAGUAAUGGAGAUGAGAACAGCAAGAAGGGUGAGAACGAGGACCAUCAUUCGUGGAACGGAAUCACCACGGACAGUGACUCUAGGGCUGUUAGUCCGGAACCGCUGCUGUAUGAACAUGGGCCUAUGACACCGCCGCCUAGCACGGUUAGCUUCAUCCGCGCGCAGGCACAGGAAGUUCAUGUGCACCGGUCGCCGGAUAGGCAUGUGGGUGAUGGCAAUAUUUAUGAUGCGACGCCGAGGCAGUCGAUUAAGUCACCGGUGUUGUUGCCCAGGCGCGAUUCCAUGGAAGAGGAGAAUGAGACUGAUCUCCGAAAGACUGAGGAUGAAACUUUCAAUGCGAAUGAGAAAAGGGAUGAUGGUUUAGGUAAUAUUCGUGAUGAAUCGCCUGCGAACGGAAACAGCCAUUUCAUCGUUGCUCCUAGCAAUGGUGAUGGCAAUGAAGUCAACAAAUCAGCCGAGCCAACUCCAGGUCAUCAAGCGCCCUACGAAGCCAGAGAUGUUGACCACGCAAAAGCUGUUGGAGUGGAGGAUAACGAGAAGGAGGAACCACUUAUUCCAGGCCAUGUCGAGCAUAAUGAGCCACAGCAGCAAUCCCAAAUCGCCGACGUCACGAUUGUUCCUGCCGACGAGACCGCCCAGUCUUCCGAGCCGACGAAGGAUGCGGUUGAUCAGCAGCAGCCGCAGCAACAUCAGCCGCUUCAACCUCAACCUCAACCUCAACAAGGAGCCGCUUUACCAUCACCAUCACCACCAGCACCAGCACCACUACCGGCACCGGCACCGGCACUACAACAACAGUCAAUCAUCAUCAUCUCCCCCGAGCCUUCCCCCUCCCAAAGCCCCGAGCCAAGCAAACCGCAACUCCAUCAACCCCAGCCCACCGAGAACGGUGCCAUCACUACCGCCUCCGGCUUCCUCAUUUCUUCCUACCCCUCCAACCACACCGAUCCCUCCAAUCCCAAAGGAAUUCUAAAACCCCUCACCGACCGCUCCAUCUUCGAAGAAGCCAAGCGGAAACAACUUCUUCGCGAGCAAGAGGAGAAGAUCCCUGUGUUUUCGGAUGAUGAUGAUUACAUGAAGCAGAACAAUGGGACGGGAGCGGCGGGAACGGGAAACAAAAAGACGGAUGAUGAAGAUGCCGUGCCGAUGAUGAGCGCUACGAGUUAUCCGGGGCAGGAGUGGAAUCCGUAUGACUUUGGUGGGAUGGGGGGAGAUGGCGGGGAGGGGUGGGAGGAUUGA